CAAUGUUGCUGAGCAACAUCCGCUAACACUGCAGACAUGUUGAGAUCAGGUUAGACAGGAGGCUCACGUCUGCCUCUGUGGCACCCUACGCACAGAGGUGACUUCAGCACCCUGGACAGCGACAGGCCGCAGUGAAGCGCUCCGGUCAGGGUGGAAGGAGUAUUUGUUUGUUUGUUUGUCUGUCUGUCUGUCUGUUUGUUUGAGUGGACAGGUGUUGGUUGGCCUUAAGAGACCAGUAUGGAUGGAUGCUUGACAAACACUGAGGAAUCUACGUGCGUGACCCUGAAAGACUCCGUGUAGAGGAAUGUUCAGGAAGAUCAACAAUGUGUUCCGUCCAAACCAUCACGGACACAGAGGGCGGGAUGGUGCCAGCGGUCCCGGCCGUGGACUCCGGUCCGAGCAGGACUACCACAGCGCCUGCACCGUCCGGCUGGUCCGCAGCACCUCCAUGCUGGUGGUGGGGGAGAGGAGCCAGGCCGCCGCAGCGGGCUCCACUCUGAAACGGAGCAAGAGCACCGUGAGCAUCGAGUCGACCUUGUACUAUUAUCAGAGACAAGAGGACCGGAUAUGGCUGUACUCUCAGAACCAGAACUGCCUCGAGUACCUGGAGGCUCUCGUGGCUCUGAGGCGGCAGUACACAAAGAGCGUGAGUGACUUGAAAAGCAGCGAGGCCAAGGCCACGGUGUCCUCCAAGAAGAAGCCGGCCCCGCCGCCGCCUCGCAGGGACGAGCCGAUCUCAAGAGCCAAACCCUCCGCGCCUCCGGUCCCCGACGAGGAGGACACUCUGCAGUUCUUUGACGCGGUCAUCGCCAGCUGUGACAGCGAGCCUCUGCGCAAACCUUACCAGGACGAUGGACACGCAGAUGUGGAUUUCAUAGUGGCCUCCAGCUCGGCCGAUCACGACCUCCACUCCAACUGGGUCCUGCGGGUUCCUCGGGUCGCGGACGACUCCGAGCAGAAAGCGGUUCCAGAUUGUGCCAAGGAAAGCGCCCGCAGGAAGAAGAACCAGAGCGGGUCAACGAGCAGCCGACUGCGACUGCAGAGGAACCCGAUCCAUCUGCCCAAAGUGGUGGAGAGCGCAUUUCAGACUCUGAGGUUCAAGCCUAAAUUAAAAAAGCAGUGAAGCUUGUUGGACAUUUGAAACCUGCACCGCCACGGUACGGGACAGACACCGUGCCCUGCCGACGAUCCAUCCGGACAUUAAUACUUUAAUUCAUUCAUUGACAGCAAUUUCAAUAAGGUACAUUUGAAACAAAAUAACUCUCCUCGGUCGCAAAUCUUUCACAGCAGACUUGACUUGAAAAAGCCCAGGUGUUACUGAUGACAUUAACAAUAGCUCUGUUCUAUUAACGUCCCGGUGAGUCAGGACAGUGUGACUGAUCCAGUAAGAACAAUACCAGGGCCCUGAAACCCAAGCAGCUAAAUGGAAUUCAGCCAUCACUAGUGUCAUUAUUUUCUCCUGUGGUAUGUCGAACCGCCUGGUGUGAUAAAGCCUUUGCAGUAUCAUUUGUUUCAGGUAUUUUCUGACCCGUUAACUGCAAAUUAAUAUGAAUCGACAUCUGUGAUACGCACCACUAUGCCUUUUUUUUUUUUUUUUUAAUGAGAAACUGAAAAACAUUUCACAGCAUAGUCUGAAAUGAAGUCUUUCAUUCCUUCUGACAUCUCAAGAUUACACUGACCCUUCAGUCAGACCCGCAGCAUUUCCUUUAAGUGUGCUUCUGAACAGAGUUAAAUGAGAGAAAUGUCCAAUGUUUCAACAGGUAUGGAAUUUAAAGAUGAGCACAGUUUACAGUUCAGCUGUACAGAAGGACCGCAUGCUUUUGUGGUAUCAAAGCCAGCGGCAGAAAUGCAGAGUUUCAGCCUUUUCAGUGGCUGAGAGGUAAACAUAUUUCAGAGUGCUGCAUCAAUACCUGCUGAUCUCAGAGCGAGGUUCAGACUCAGCCCGAAGAUCAAGUUCACUGAAAAGUUCAAAGCCAGCUCAGGUUGUUCUGCUCAUCAGUGCAGAGGAUGAAAUGAUCUUAUACAUGAAAGGUACAUAUACCAAAUUAGAAACCUGACCUUUCACAUAUUCAGCAAUGUUGAAAUAUUUGUCCCUCAACAUUUCUGUUAUGAGGGAGGUGAACCAAUGAUCCUCAGUCUCUAU